AUGUCGCUCGAUGAGUGGCAGGCGCGAUGGUGCUCGAUUGCUCGUUCAAAGAACUGGACCCCACAGGAGAGGAGAUCUAACUUGAUUAACAGCCUGACGGGAAAGGCUUAUAGACUCCUUUCUAAGCAAAGCUUCGCCCCAUCUUUAACUGAUGAGGCAGUCGAACGAGAGAUUUGGCUACGUCUCCAUAGGUCUUUCGGCCAAGGAGAGAAGCAAAGCUUCAAGAAGCUGAUUGCCAUGCAAUUCCGCAUUGGCCAAGAUACCGUGGAUUGUUAUGGAGCCGAUGUGCGACACAAUACAGUGUUGGCAUUCAGAGAUCUGGAUACCGCUUCCCAUGAGAGGAUUGCGGCGACCUUCUAUUGGAAUACACUGCCUCAGACGCAAACGGUGCGUCAGAGCUAUGGUCUGUGGUCUUCCUUGGAACCCAAGGAGAGGACCCUCACGAAAGCUAUUGAUCUCACCAGGCCUCUAUUUGAGGUAGACGAGACUGGUGGUGGUCCCACUCAAACAGGAGGCCCAGAGGAAUUCAGCGCGGUAGUUGCCGCCCCAGGAAAGGGCCAGCAGCCCCAGAAGGGCAAUUCUAAAGGCUGGAGAUCUUCUAAAGGCUGGAAUCAGAGGUGGUCCUUUGGCAAGGGGAACCAACCUCAAAAAGGAAAAGGCCAGUCCAAGGGACAUGGCAAAGGAAAAGGAUAUCCUGUGGUGGUUAUGGCCAUAGAGCCAAUGUGUGUCCUUCGAGGCAACCACAGGAGAGCCACCCAGGAGAUAGGCAAGUAA